AUGAAUUGUGAGCACCCACAUUGGCGCAACCACCCAAUAUGCACUCUUGAAUCCAGAUGCACAUCCAUGCUCUUCAGCUUUUUCCUUUUUGUCUCCGCCUGCGCCACUCUUUUGAAGAUCCUUUCAUCUUCUAAUCACUACGCCUUCAAUUUUGAACUGGCCUGGGCUUCCAGGCACAGACAGACCCUUCUUUACACGCCAGACACCAGGGCCACUAAUUACUACCAGCGCUGCCACACUCACAUCCACUCUUACACUCGCACUCGCACACGCUCGAUAUACUCGCACUUACACGCACUUGAUACUGUCAUUUCCACUCUCGCUAUAUCUGUUCCCGUCCCCAAGGUCCGAAUCGCGCUAGAAAUCCCAUCUUGAAUGCAACUCUGCCACGGCUAGAACUCCAGCACAGCGCCUUGCCAUCAUGGACUCGCCAGUGAGGCAUACCACCUGGACGCAGAGUUACAGAGAGCGCGCCUCGUUGCCCCAGACCUCCGCCCUCACAUCCUACCUCUUACGCCUCAUCAGUAUCAAGCGCACAAACCUGUGCGUCUCUGCAGACGUCACCACCACUGCCGAGCUGCUACAGCUCGCCGAAGACGUUGGAGACUCUAUAUGUAUGCUUAAGACGCACUGUGAUAUAGUCGGCGACUGGGGUGAAAGGACUGUCCGCGGCUUACGUGCUAUUGCUCGCCGGAAGCGAUUCCUCAUCUUCGAAGAUCGCAAGUUUGCUGACAUCGGCGAGACCGUUCGCAAGCAGUACACCGGCGGUCCGUUCCGAAUAGCCCGAUGGUCUGAGAUCACAAACGCACACAUCCUCCCUGGACCGAAUAUUAUUACCUCCCUCAAGCUCGGUGCGUCCCAAGCAAUCAAUGCACACAAGGCUGGUGUGGUACAGACAGAAAUUAGCGCCGACCCUCCCCCCGACGAUUGGCAUAUCGACGAUGGCGACGACAUUGAAGAGGUUAGUCCGACAAGUACGACAAUGCCGCCUGAUACGGACAGCCAUAUGUCUGACGAAAACGGCAAAUCGUCCUCGUUACACCUGAAUCCGGACUCGUCUGCCGACUUUGUGUACUCUCCUAUCUUCUCAUCCUACAACCGAGCUGCCACGGGCCGCAAAGCCAGUGUUGUGUCCAUUUCCACCACCAUCUCCACCCGCACUGAGAGUAUCAGCCCCUUUCCCACUCCGGAGGAGAAUGAAGACUCGAAUCUAUUCUCGGACCCGCUUAUACGUGUAGGUGACGCUCCAUUUGAGCGUGGUCUGCUCUUACUUGCGGAAAUGAGCUCCGAGGGUCAUCUGCUCACUGGCUCGUAUACAUCCCAAUGUGCCUCCCUCGCCCGAGAGCAUCGCGACUUCGUCAUUGGCUUCAUAGCACAGCGUUCACUGAACGUGGAGCCUGGCGACAACUUCCUCACCAUGACACCUGGUGUACAACUUCCUGCUGAAGAUGCCAUGGAUACGAACCAGAAGUUGGGUGAUCAGCAGGGGCAGCAGUACAAUUCACCACGGAAGAUUGUUUACGAGCAAGGAUGUGACAUUGUCAUUGUCGGUCGGGGUAUCCUCAAGGCUGCAGAUCGAUCGCAUGAAGCAGAGAGAUACCGCCGCGAGGCAUGGGAUGCGUAUGAGGACCGAAUCGGUAUUGGCUGCGGAGGCUCAUCGUGAAGAAUCUUCAAUGAGCAGACUUCCAUCUACAGCGAACGGAUCUGGCUGGCGUGUGUGUGCGAAUGUUGCUCCUGGAAAUCUACCACUAUGCACGUUGUAGCGUAUUGCAAUACAUAUCCUGCCCAAUAGACGGAGGGGGGGGCCACCACACACAGUUUCAUUGCACUGAGCAGCAUUGACUUCGGAUUGGGACAUUCGACGAAUAGAGAAAUGUGAGAUCGCCGAACUAAGCUUGAAAGCUCGAAUGCAAGGUUUUGCUUGAUCAGCGAUAUUGAAUUGACCUAAGGUGCUCGGGGUGAAAUUGCCUAGUGAUAUUAACGUCGUAGCUGUGACAUUCUCAUAGACUAUAUGAAUGAUCGUCGUUUCGCUAUGAACUUGUCGACGGUACUCCAUAUCUUGUAAUUAUAUAAGCUCUUAGUACACUACAGCGGCACAUGAUAGAAGCAAGC